CCUUAUUUUCAGGGUAGUCCUGUUUAGUCCUAUCGGGAAUAUUUUACAGUUCGGUCAGAUUUUGUUGACAUAUCCUUACAGACAUAUCUAGAGCUUAGUGACAGGAACUCUAAUAUUAAAAUUUUAUGGUUUUUAGUUUCGCUUUAAAUUGGUGAGGAUGGGGAAAGGCGACAAGCGAGGAAGUCAGCGUUCCGAUAGUGGCUCGACAAACUUGGUGGGUAAAUUCACGCAAAGUGUGCGAAGGAUCGUCCAGGACGUCAAGGACGAGGGAACUGCGAGUGGUCAAACGAAGGAAGAGGUCAUAGAAACUAAUGAAAGACUCCGUGCUGUAAGAAUACGUCUGGAUGAGUCUUAUGACACGGCGAAAAAAGCACUUGUUACUCUCAUGGGAAAAUAUAACGACAGCAAGAGUGUUCACAAUAUCUUCCAGAGAUAUAACUUGUUGAAGGCGAUGAUUAAGGAAGUGAUACGGUUAGAAACCCAAUAUUGGACAUUAGUCGAUAUUCCGAAGCAAGAAAAACAGGAAACAGUACCCGCCUUUGUUCUCAGGGCUUGCGCCAUUAUGGAAAAAACACAGAAAUCCGGCGAAGGUGUAAAAACUUCGGCAAAGCUCGCCGAAGAAGCGCAGGAUAAAAGGGAGAGAAUAGAACGUCUUGAGAAUAUGACGACUUCGCAAAUAGAAGCUGAAAACACACAAAUGACUAACGAUCUCUAUAGGCUAUUGAAGAAAUAUUCCGGUCUCCGGAACCUCAUUCGGCAGUUAAAAAUCGAGUACACAAACGCGAAAAUCUACCCGAUGGUCCUCCGUUACACGAUGCUGAAGGACAUGAUCAAAGACAUCAUGCUCCACCCCGACUACAUGGAGGUGUGCCACGAGGUGGACGCAUAGCCCAAGUCGUUCUCAUAGAUAGGAUAUCGUCGUCGGAGCCUCAGAUCGUAACAGUCUCACUCCAUCAACCAGGAAAUUGAGAAAUUGUCACUUUGGUGGGAAACGCUAUUUCGUGAUUGCAAUCGACUCCCAUUUGGAGAUGUGUCGGCAAAAUUAUGUCUAAAAGUCGCUUAUUUGUGGAUUACGUGUUAAGUGAGAUGUGAUGAUUCGAGAAUUGGGAAAAAACCGAUUGACUCUAGGCCCCAAAUUCAGAUACUGCGAGCUUUGUUAUCAUCAUCAAUUAAAAUGGUCGAUUGUUUCGUUGAAAACGGGGCUUCAAAUUCACUGCCACUAGACGGGAAUCCGUGUCGAACAGUAUUGCAUUCCUUAAUACAAAAGAGUGGUGCUUAUUGAAGCAAUUAAAUUAUUUGGAUCAUUAUGAACUGUUUUCUCAUUAACUGCAGAAGCGAUCGUUUUUGUAAUGAAUGACCCAAGACUGAAGUAUUUAAUUAAAGACCUUCGUCAAACACUCCUUACCUACCUUUGAUCUCAUUCCGAAAAUCGAUGUUUGCAAUAUCGCACUUGUUUUUAUUUUUAGUCGCAUUGUCUAGCUUGCGAUGUGCCAAACAAAUCUCGUCACGGAAAUUAAAAUACGCCCAAAAAUUGCUUUGAUCCUAACAAAUUUGGCGAAACGUGGCGACUGAUUAAUGAAACUGCUAAUAAAAAUCUACUGUUCUACACCUAAUCCUCUAUAAGGAGAUUAAUAUUGUACCUAUGAAAAAUUAACGUGCCAGAAUGCAUUUAAUGUGUAUAAUAUUCUGGAUUGAUGUGAUGUCUUCUUGUAACUUUUGUAGACCCCAACCAAUCUCUAAAAUAGCGUACUCGUUAUGUAACAAUAGGUAAUAGAUGAUAGGACAUUUGGGUGCCCGGUAGAGACAUCCGUUUACAAGAAUCGUCUAAAACACCAAUUUGUUAAUCGAUUGUUUCUCGUAGAUUUAGAUUUUUUACUUUCUUUCUAACAUUAUCUGUGUCAAAAUGACAACAUUAGUAAUAGCUUUAAGAAACGUACUUAUAGGCUAGUUAUUUUGUAAGACUUUUUUCUAGUUUUCUAUCAUUUCGCCUACGUAGAAAACGAUAGCUGUAUGUCUUGUUGUAGCACGAUAGGGUUCCACUUCGUUACUUGACGGUGUUUUGCUAAGUCCCUCAUGAAGUUCGUUAUUUCCUCGGUAAAGUACAAAUUUAUUUAAAUGAACAGACACGCUUAAAGUACACCCCUUGUUUCGCCUAUGGACUUGUCAAUGUAUUACUAACGCAAAGAAGAUGGUUGUUUAUAUGUGAUGAUGUAUGUGUAAAAAUAUAUUUAAGAGAUAAAUAUUCCAUGUUAAAAUAUUACAGGGUUUGUUGACGCUUUCUUUUUCGUUUCGUUUUUAAAUGUUUUAACUAUAAUGUGCUUAAGUAAGCUGAUGAGGUUUUUUUACAUAAUCAUUAACGUUACGAAUUUAUCGUGAAAUAUCAAAUUAAAAGUAAUAUCGCCCUGUUGAAUAUCAUAUUAAUAUUGUUAUAAGGGAACAAUAAUAUUUAUUCAAGAAUUAUAACAAGAUUUUAUUUUGUAUAUUGUCGCAUAUAAUUAUGCAAAACUAUAUAAUAUACUGUAUAUGUGUACAAUAAUGUUGCUUUGUUAAUA